AUCUCAACCUUUUGGAUAACUCUGCCAGAUGCAAAUUUCUUCCCACACUGAACUGACCUGGAUACACAACAUGCACAACAGCACGGCCGAAACUCCACACAUGCUGGUGAUCCUGGCUUUCAUCACGGACAGAAACCUCAGGCAUCGGAGUAACUAUUACUUUCUCAAUCUUGCUAUUUCUGACUUUGCAGUGGGUGUGUUCUGCAUGCCUCUCUACAUCCCUUAUGCCCUGACAGGGACAUGGCACUUGGGAAGAAGCCUAUGCAAGCUCUGGCUAGUUAUGGACUAUCUCCUGUGCACAACUUCAGUGUUUAGCAUCGUCCUUAUCAGCUAUGACCGUUUCCUGUCAGUUACUAAAGCGGUAUCUUACAGAGCCCAGCAGGGAAUAACAUCCAACCCUGUCAUCAAGAUGGUGGCUGUCUGGGUCUUGGCCUUCCUCCUCUACUGCCCGGCAAUCCUCUUCUGGGAGCAAGUGGCCGGAUACAGUGUGGUAGCAGUGGGUCAAUGCUACGCAGAGUUCUUUGACAACUGGUACUUCCUCCUGGGUGCAUCAACCCUGGAGUUCUUCGCGCCGCUGCUCUCAGUGACCUACUUCAAUGUGCACAUCUUCCACAACAUCCAGAGGUGCCAGCGGCGUGGCAGCACACAGGACUGCGAACCUCCAAGGAGGCGCAGCCUGUCCUGGAGAUUUUGCUUCUUGCCAAGGCCAGGAGCAUCUUCUCCUCCAUCGGAAGCAGAAGACAGUGUUUCAUCAUUAACAAAGUCAUGGAGACCAGCAGCGAUGGCUAACUGUCCAUCUCCAAAACAAACCAGUCCCACGGCCCUCAAAAGAGACUUUUCUCUUUCUUUCCGUUCCAGGACUGGGUCAAAACUGCAGCGGGACAAGAAACGGGCGAAGUCGCUUGCCAUAAUUGUGUGUGUCUUUGCCGUUUGCUGGGCCCCAUACAGUUUAUUAAUGAUUAUUCGUGGGGCCUGCCAAGGAACGUGCAUCCAUAACUCCUUGUAUGAAAUAACUUUUUGGCUUUUGUGGCUCAAUUCCUCUUUGAAUCCAGUUCUUUACCCUCUCUGUCAUAUGAGGUUUCGAAUGGCGUUCAUGAAAAUAUUAUGUCCCAAAAAGUUUGCAGCAUUGAGGUCACGUAACCCAUCUUUUUAGAGAGUUAAAAUAAAUGAGUUGCAGAUAAGAGAUUCUUCUCUUAUUUAGUGCUAUUUUUUCAUAUUUCUUCAACAGAAAUAGAGAAAAAACCUUUGUUUACUAAUGGCAUUUGUUAAAAGUGCAGCAGAGGCAAGUAUUUGCCCUGAUUUUGCCAGUUUUCGGGAUUUUGGUUUUGGUUUUGCUACUAUGAUGCCAAGUUAUAUACCAUCUAGUGCAAUGAGAAGAAUAACCAGUUUUGUUUUAUGUCCUCCUUUGUUUUGGGUUUUUUAGGUACUUUUUGUUUUCCCUUUUUUUUUUUAUAUAGAGCUGGUACUAUGAAAGAACUCUUCUAUAUGUAUCUCUGUCAAGGUUCAUUGGAGGGAGAUACCUGAUUAUGUAUGUUUUGAAUUAAAUUUAUGUCCUAUUUGUUAACCUAAAGCUAUCAGUGAAAAAGCAGUUCUGCUGCAUUUUUGAAAGGUUGUAUAAAUACUCACAGGAACAGUAUAAUUUCAUUUGAAAGCUAUUAUGAAGACAAGAUAGUGCCCUGUAUUAUUGUAAUUCCCCCAGUGAGCAAUACGCAAGUGAAUGGACUGCCUAGUACGGCAUAUCUGUCCUUUUCUAAUUUUAAUAUAGUCCAUACCUGGUGUUGCAGGACACAGUACAUGUAAAUUAGUAAUUCUGGAUGAUUUUCAGAGAAUGAAAGUUUCCAUGGUAAUGGAAUUUUGAGACUGGUUAUCAAAAUUGUUGCAGGCAUAAAUGGUUGUUACUCUUUUCACCAGUACUGUCUUUUCUCCUGACAGUGGCUGUCUCUUUGGUCAUGCUUAAAUGAUAUUUAGUGCCAGAUUUGUGCACUAAUUGAUUACCUAAUAGAUAUGGCAGGCUUGGGCACAUGAUCGCAUCCCUGUUGAAUUAGCAGAGCAAGCAAUACAAAGUUUGUGCUGGAUUUAUCAUUUGGGCUGGCUGUGCAAGAACAGACAAUACCCUCUUGGCUGUAAAGCUUUGCAAGUGCAAAGAUAUUCCAUCAAAAUGUCUGGAACAAAUUUGAACUGACAGAGUGACUUUUGUACUAGAUCAGUUCUUUGUGUUCUGUUACUGUGACGUUAUAUGGAUUUUCUCUGCCACUGAACCAAUAUCGUACUGGAUUUUUCUAUCACUGAACAAGGGCCAUGUUCACUGCUUGAUAAUGGGAUUCACAGAGGUCUAUCUGAAAGCUGACACAGAGGUGUCUCAAGCAGGUAUUAAUAAAUGAUGCAGGUGAAUAUCCAGUGCUGAAAGGAGCGGGUGAAGGCAAUGGAGCUUGAUUAUAAUCCAUUCCAUGUACUAAACUUUUUUGCCUUGUGUUGGGUGUUGCCACUCACCCAGAAGGCUUUCAUGGAUGGGUAAGUGAGAGUCGCUGGUUAAUUUUUCUUUCCUCUCCUUUUAUGAUUUUCUUUCCUCUUUGUGUGUGUGUAUAUAUAUAUAUAUGUAAGUGUAUAAAAUAUGGAGAGGAAAUCAGAACAAUGAAAAGCAAUAACCAAUUUAAAUAGUAUUUUUUAUCUAAUUUGAAAUUGGCAGUACUCGGAGUACUCCUUUGCAAACACAAUUCAAAUGCAUGUAAACAGCUUAAUCAUAGCACAAGAGAUGAUGGCUUUGAGGAGCCCAAAUGCCAUUCUGUUCAGAGGUCUGGAACUGGAGACUUCUGAUGCCAGUUUUCACAUUGAUGGAAGAUUGUCUUUGACCACUCCUUCUCAUUAUGCUUCCUUGCCUCACGUGGGCAUCGUUAUGGGUUGUGAACCUGACGGCUAUGAGAGAUACAGCUUCAGGAGGAGGCUGUUGAUUCAGCACAGCUGUUUUCACUGUCAUGAGUUAAGGCACCAGCAUAGAUUUUGUGGGGUUUGCUUUUCUGUGAGGCAUAGCCCCCCCUUCCUCCUUUGAAACACUUAUAGAAUAGCUGAUGUACUAAAUAAACACCUUUUAAACAGAGAAACUGUAGGUAGGCCCCCAAAAUGGGAAAGUAUUUGAGUUGUCUGCUUUUCUAUCCCUAUCCUUUUAAUAUAAAAAUUCAGUUUGUGUUUUGUAAUUAAAGCAUGUGUGGUUUACUUUGGAAAAAUGGCCUACAAAAUUAUGGACUAGGUAAACUGUACCCACAUUUUAUAGCACUGGAAAACUAGAGUUUGUCAGGAAGCAUAAUGUGCAGCAAAUUUGAAACCACAUAGAGCAGUGGAGCUACUAGAGAUCAAUGUUUUUGAUGUUCUAUAUUACACACACAGUGCUCAAACUGUUUUGUCACAUCACUUCUGUAUAUUUGAAGAAUUUGUUGUAUUUUUCUGAUUGUUGAAAAUUCUGCUCAGUGCUCCCAGCCUAAGUCAAGCACUUAGUUGCUGUGCUCACAGCAUUAAAGCUGUCUUGGUCAAGGUGGCAUCCUAAGUCUUCUCCUCCCUUUGGCCAUUUUGCAGGUUUAUGGUAAGAUACUUAUUCAGCAUUUGCUCUUGAGCGUACCUUUCAUGCACUGACACAAAUGGACUUUGCAAAGUUGAUUUCUAAGCCAAAUCUCUCUAUCCACUCACUCAUCUAUUUCACCAUUUCAUGUCCUUCAAUUUUCUUCUGUCUCCGCAGAUGUCCAAUAGGUCU